AUGGUGGCUAUCGAAGGCAAUGAGGGUGACAGAGCAGGCAGUGGAGAGGCAUCGAUCAGUGAAAAGUCCCUUUUCCUGUCCAUUGAUCAAGGGUUUAACGAAAAUGAUCCUUCACUUUCGGAUUCCGUCACAGGAGCAGACAUCCCAUCCUCGAAGCAAUCCAGGAACAUGGCUGAGGAGCUCAGCAAAGCUGCGGAGAUCAUGGGCAAAGGCAAGAAUGGGGUCGGCUUUGGCAAAGUGGACAUCACCAUCGAGAAAGAACUUCAGAAGGAGUUUGACAUUAACAAGACCCCAGAUUUGAAGCUGUUUUUUGAGGGCAACAGAUCGGAGCCCAUCAGCUGCAAAGGUAAUGGUACGCGGGCAUCAGUCAAGGAUUUAGAGGAAGAAGUAGCAGAGUUGUUCUACGAUGUGAUCAAAGACUUCCCAGAGCUAACAUUUGGAGUGAUAUCAAUUAGCAAUGCCAUUGGGCGUUUCCACGUCACCCUGGACAGUGUUCUGGUGUUUAAAAAGAUCCUUUUCAUCCUUGUGGAUGCAGAUGAACCCACAAACAGACAUGUCUUCAAACACUUCCGGAUCACAGAGGUCAGUAUCCCAUCUGUCCAGAUCUUAAACUUAAGCUCUGAAGUGAGGUACAAAAUGCCUUCCAAGGAGAUAAACUACAAAAACUUCAAGAAAUUCAGCGGCAGCUUCCUGAAUAAAAGUGCCAAGAACCAUCAAUCCAGUGAAGAGAUUCCAAAAUACUGGGACCAGGGGACGGUUAAGCAGCUUGUUGGGAAGAACUUCAAUGUCAUCACCAAGGAAAGGGAUGUAUUUGUGAUGUUCUAUGCACCCUGGUCUGAAAAGUGCAGGGCGCUAUUCCCAAUGUUGGAGGAGUUGGGCAGAAAAUAUCAAAACCACUCCACAGUCACCAUCGCCAAGAUCGACAUCACGGCAAAUGAUAUUCAGCUGAUGAACCUGGACCGGUACCCCUUCUUCAGGCUCUUCCCCACCGACUCUCAACAAGCUGUACGGUAUAAGGGAGAACACACCAUGAAGGGCUUUUCAGACUUCCUGGAAAGUCAAAGGAAGACCAGGAUUGAGGAUGAAGAUGAGCUAUGGUCUAUUGAACAAAGUGAAGUGAUAGAAGAGGAGGUAUUAGCUGAGGAAGAAGUGGUACCUUUUAUGCAGAAAGAGUUACCUGAGCAGAAGCUGCCUGAGCUGGAGAAUGGGACCAAGCUGGAAGAGCCAGCUGAACAGAAGGAAACAGCUCAGAAGGAGGAAAGGGUGGCUAAGCCAAAAGGACCUCCAAGACAAGAGAAGAAACCAAGAGUCAAGGAAGAACUGUAG